AUGUCUAAGGAUUCUAAAGAUAUUAUUGAGGUUGCUGCUACUUCGUCAUCAAUUGAAAAUGAUUCAGAUGAAAGAAAUGUUGAUGCUGAAAUUGAUGAAUAUGUUUCAAGCUUCUUGGAAUUAUCAAAUGAAGCCAGAAACGAAGAUUUGAGAGAUAAAAAGAUGACUUUCAAGGAAGGUUUUAGAAUGUUUCCCAAGGCUAUUAUGUGGUCGAUGAUAAUUUCAACUGCUAUCAUAAUGGAAGCUUAUGAUUCAAAUUUAUUAUCUAAUUUUUAUGCAUAUCCUGCUUUUGCUGAAAGGUUUGGUGUUUAUUAUCCAAAAUUAAAUAAAUGGGAAAUUCCAGCAAAAUGGCAAUCUGGAUUAUCUAUGUCUUACCAAUGUUCACAAUUGAUUGGUUUAUAUUUGGCUUCUCAUUAUGUUGACGUAAUUGGAUAUAGAUGGACAAUUAUUCCAACUUUAAUACUUUCAAUUGGGUUGAUUUUUUUACAAUUCUUUGCACCAAGUAAAGAAGUGUUAUUAGUUGCAUAUGUCUUAAUUGGUAUAAUGUAUGUAAAAUAUUCCUUCACGGUCUAAAUCAUUACUAAUACAGUUCUUUUAGUUGGGGCUCUUAUCAAACAAUCACAAUCAAUUACGCAGCUGAGGUUUCACCUUCAUCAUUGAGAUACUAUACGACCACAUGGAUAAAUAUUUGUUGGAUCAUUGGUAAAUUAAUAGCUGCUGGAUGUGUCAAGGGUAUUUCACAAAUGGAGAGACCGGAUGCUUAUAAAAUUGCAUUUGCAAUUCAAUGGAUAUGGCCUGUUCCAAUUAUAAUUGGAGUUUAUUUAGCUCCUGAUUCACCUUGGCAAUUAGUAAAAAGAGGUAAGUUAAAAGAGGCAAAACAUUCAAUUUGUAGAUUAAUUUCAUCUUCAAAUAAAGAUGUCAUUGCAGAUAAAAUGGUGACUAAAAUUCAAAUGACAUUAAAAGAAGAAAGUUUAAAAGAUAAUGGAUCAUUCAUUGAAAUUUUUAAAGGUACUAAUUUUAGAAGAACUGUGAUUGUUACUUUAAUUUGGGUGUCUCAAAAAGUUACAGGUAUGGGUUUAACUAAUUAUAGUACGUAUUUUUACGAACAAGCUGGUCUUUCUGUAUCUAAUUCCUUUUCAUUCACGAUUGGUGAGAAUUGUUUAAUUUUAGUAGGGACAUUGAUUUCAUGGUUUGCAGUUAGAAGAUUUGGUUAUUUCACACUUUAUAUGUUUGGUACAAUUAUGAUGUUCAUUUUGAUGAUGUUGGUUGGUGGUUUUGGUACUUACAAAGGGAGUUCAGCAAGUUGGGGUGCGGGAUCUUGCUUAUUGAUUUAUUCUUUGUUCUUUGAUUUAUCUGCUGGACCAUUAUGUUAUAUUAUUGUUGCUGAUAUUCCUGCAGUAAGAUUGAAAAUUAAAACAGUUAUGUUUGGUAGAAUCAUUUAUAAUAUUUCAGGAAUUGUAACUAGUAUUAUGACACCUUAUAUGCUUAAUCCAACGGCUUGGAACUGGGGCCCAUUAUCUGGAUUUUAUUAUGGUGGUUUUGGAUUCAUUUUGAUCGUUUGGUCAUAUUUCUAUUUACCUGAAACUAAAGGUUUGACCUUUGCUGAAAUUGAUUGGCUAUUUGCUAAUAAAAUUCAUGCUAGAAAGUUUAAAUCUACUGAGAUUAACUUAUUUGAUGUAGAUACAAUGGUUCAAAAAUUUGGAAAUGAUGGUGUUAAAGAUAUUGUUGAUGAAAGAGAAAAUAUUUACAAUGAAAAAAAUAUCGAACGAGAAAUUGUUGAAAUUAAAGACUAA